AGUGCAUUGUGCAAUUUUUUUCAUCAAAUUCAGUGCGCUGCAGUCAUACUUCAAGUGAGAACGAAAUAAGACUUCAAGCUUUAAAAAUGACAGAUACAAUAAAAUUCGUAAUUUUUGCUUUAAUCGUUAUGGGUACGCUGAUUUCAAUACCAAAUCGCCAAUGUGCAGCACAUAAAAAAGCACCACUUCAAACUAACGGAACACAAAAGGAAGCAUCACAUUCUCCUCCAGUAAAUUUUGAGGUUCUGCAGACAGAGCCAGUCAUUCAACCAAAGCAGCAACCACAAAGUAAUGAUCCGUCAAUGCAAACGAUACAGGAAGAACAGCCAACUCCAGAUUCAGAAAGUUAUGAUGGAUUUCCACUCAAUCCCGCAGUUAUAGCAACUGAAGUAAAAUCUGUAAUAAAUCAAGUGGUUGAUAUGUGUGCUUCAGGCCCAAGUGUGCUCUACGAUACAAUAUUCGGCCAUUUGACAUUUUUUUAAGCUUUAUCCUAAGAUAUCUAAGCUUUUUCUAAGCUUUACCAAAGAUUGCAAAAUACUUUCUAUAUAUCGAUGUGCUGAGCUGAGUUAAUUGACUCAGGCACUUA